AUCCAGCCCGAGGUCCGGGCCUUGAUGCAGCCCACGGCUGGGGGAGAAUCCGUGCUGUUUGCAGAAUCAUUGUGGGUGGCCGCACAGGGGGCAGUCCCACAACCCCUUCCCCUCACCCCCGCCCCCUCUCCACACCCCGACCUCGGGAGAUGCCCGCUUCAAUGCAAACAGUUGGAGACUGUCAGCAAACCAGGCGGCAUCAUAAAUGGAAUAGUGAAUAUUUCAGGUCCGAGAGGAAGAUCAUCGCGGGAGAUUAAAACAGCAGGGUUUUAGUGUCCGGCAGUGACUGCUCCUGGUGAUGCAGAAAAGUGGAAGGCAGGGACUAGCCGGGCAGCCAUUUUAGGAGAAGCUACAGAUAAGACACAAAUUGUGAAGGAACUAAAUGUCUAAAUGCCAUUUAAAUGCGCAAUGAUCACUGAAUGCACAAAGGUCACUGAACGGCGGAACAGGCCCUAGAGAUUGUGUUCAAGAAGGAACUGCAGAUGCUGGAAGAUCGAAGGGUACGCAAGCAGUGGGUUUGUCUAUGGGAAUCUCAAACUUAACCUGGAGUGUCAGACAGGUCCUCAAUCCUUGAAUCUGGAAGAGGAAAUGUUCAUCUGUUGCAUCAGGAGAGACGACAAACCACAGAGGGGCAGUGACACUCACUUCUGAAGGAGGGUGUUUAAGAGCACUGACUGUGGAAAGAGCUUUGGCCAUUUACACAGCCGCAGAAGGAGGCUGAAACCAAACACAUGUUCCUUGUGUGUGAGGUCUUGAUGAAUCAACCUGGAGACAAAGGAGGAAAAUAAGUCAGUGACUGACCAAAUAGUUUCUUGCUAAAAGUGAUAUCAGUGUGAAUUCUGGAGCCUUUGAAAAGAACCAAUUUCCCAUCCAGCUAGAAACUUGAGCUUCUGCUCUGUGUGUGGAAAGACGCUGGCUUGUUUAAUCCUCCUGUUGACACACCAUUGAUCUGGCUACCUGAGAACACACCAGCACAUCGUCACUGCAGACGGGGCAUUCAACUGCUCCAAGUGUGGGAAACCUGGAUCCACACGGUCACCCACCCGCUGGUACACCAGUGAAUUCACACCAGGGAGAGGCCCUGCUCCUGCCCUGAGUGUGGAAACUGAUUCAUUCAGUCGUUCAUUAUGACGGCGUGCCAGCAGGUUCACACGUUCACCUGCUCUGAGUGUGGAAAGAGAUUUGCUCAGUCAUCCCAUUUGUUAAUACACCAGCGGGUUCACGCUGGGGAUACGAAGGUCGAAUGCUAUGAAUGUAGGAAGAGCUUCCCGUCGUUAUCUAGUCUGAUAAGGCAUCAACGGAUGCACACUGGAGAGAGGCCGUUCAAAUGCUCUGAAUGCGGGAAGAGCUUUGCUCUGUCAAGUACCCUGAGUAGACAUCAGCGAAUUCACACCGAAGAGCGGCCGUUCAAAUGCUCUGAAUGUGGAAGGGACUUUAUUCAAUCAUCCCACCUGCACAAACACCUGCGAACUCACACUGGGGAGAGGCCAUUUACUUGCUCCGAGUGUGGGAAGGGAUUCCCUCGGUCGGACAGCUUGCUAAUACACCAGCAAAAUCACACAAGGGAGACACUGUUUACCUGCUCGGAGUGUGGGAAGGCAUACCGUCACUCAUCCAGCCUGAGGAAACACCAACACAUUCAUACUGAUGGCAGAUCAUUUAUCUGUUCUGAGUGUGGAAAAGGAUUCCUUGAUUCAACAGACCUGCUGAUGCACCAACAAACGCAUACAGGGGAUAAGCCGUUCAUCUGCACCAAGUGUGGAAAGGGAUUCACUGUGCAUCGCUAUCUGCUGAGACAUGAGCGACUUCACGCCAUGGCGAAGCACUUCAACUGUGCAGAGUGCGGGAAAAUAUUCACUCGCUUAUCGUACCUGAUGAGGCACCAGCAAUCUCACACCGGGGAGAGGCCGUUUACCUGCUUCGAGUGUGGGAAGGGAUUCCCUCGGUCGGCCACCUUGCUAAGACACCAGCGAAUUCAUACUGGGGAGAGGCCAUUUAUCUGCUCCGAGUGUGGGAAGGGAUACACACGGGCAUGUUCUCUGCGGAUACACCAGCGAACACACACUGAGAAGGAUUAACCAUGCUGUGUGAAGAACCCUGCAAAACCUGUUAGGCUUUAUUUCUGAUACUAUUGGUAACUCCUUUAACUGGACUGAGGUUUAAUAUUCUGCUGUUUUGACCAUUGUCGCAGAUCCUAAAUCAGACCACCAGGUGGUGCCGAACGAUGGCUGCCUCGCCAAUGGUCUGUCUCGUCUUUAUCCUUUGUGUUUUUAGUUUGUUGUAGAAUGUAUGUUUUAGUUUAUCUUUAGUUUUCUAUUAUGUUAUGGGGGGGAGGGGAAACUCUUUGAAUCUCUUUCCUCGACGGAGAUGCAACAUUUUCCGUGUCAUAUCUCUGUCCGCACUGCGGCCUAACAUCGUGGAGCUGGCUGUCCCUGUCGGGGUUCGACCAUGGGAGCUCCAAUCGCAGAAGCCUGUGGACUUUUAACAUCGUGGAACUCGAAGUCCUUGGUUAGGGACCGGCUUCGGGAGCUCCAAGUCACGGGAGCUUCGAUUGCCCCGACUGUGAAUCGUUCGACUCCUCCGACUGUGGGAGAAAAGGAGGAAAGAGGAUAAGACUUUAUUGCCUUCCAUCACAGUGGGGAAUGUGGAGGAGCUGCUAGGGUGGAUAUUUAUGUCCAUUUUUAUGUAGUUAUGUGACUUGUUGCUUUUUUUGGUAAAACUGAAUGGCAAAGCAAAUUCCUCGUAUGUUGCUAAUUAUUUUUGAAUGGAAUAAAAAUGGGGGAAAUGUAGGAGCAUGGAAUAAGGCAACCUUUUUUCCUCCAAUAUCAAGGAACUUCAGAUGCUGGUUGACCAAAGAAAGAUGCGAAGUGCUGGAGUGACACUGCAAGCUUCUAAGUCAAAGGAGCAGAAUGAGGCCAUUCGGCCCUUCGUCUACAAUGCCAUUCAAUCAUGGAUGAUUUAUUUUUCUCUCUCCCCAUUCUUCUGCCUUCUACCCAUUAGCAUUUGACACCCUUCAAUGGUUCAAUCGUACUUUAUUGUCACUUGUACCAAGGUACAGUGAAAUUAUGUUUUUUAUAUUGCCUUCAGUAAAAGUUACUAUGCAAAGUAAUCCUAUACUAUUACACUUACUAAUCAAGUUUAGGCAGCAUCUCUGCAGAACAUGGAUAGGACUUCGGGAGCUCCAAGCCACAGGAGCUUUGAUCGCCCCGACGUGGGAGCUUCGAUCGUCCCGACUGCGGAUAGUUCAAUUCCUCCGAUCGUGGGAGAAGGGGAAAGAAGAUAAAACUUUAUUGCCUUCCUUCACGGUGGGGAAUGUGGAUGAGCUGCUGUGGUGGAUGUUUAUGUCCAUUUUUAAUGUAUUUAGGGUGUUUUGUUGCUUUUUUUGGUAUAACUCAAUGGCAAAUGAAAUUCCUCGUAUGUUGCAAAACAUACUUGGCUAAUAACUUACUAUUAUGAUUGUCAUUCUGAUUAUGAUUAAAUGUCUCUAAUGCACACACUGUACAGUAGAAGGGGAGGCCAUGCUACCCAGCUGAAUUUUCCCCUUAUUUCUGUUUAACACCAAUUCCUCCUCGCUCGCCCUGCAGGAAUGUUCUAGCAAUGUUUUUUUCCUUUGAGUUCCCUCAGUUUCCCGUGAAAUGCAUCCCUGCUGUUCACCUCGAUCCCUGCCUGUGGUAACGGAUUCCACAUUGUCCCCGCUCUGUGGGUGAAGAUGUUUCCACUGAAUUCUCUGCAGGAUUUACUGUAGACUGAAGGACAAGCCGAAGCCUCACUGGUAUCUUGUCCCAGACUAUGCUUGUCCCUCAAGUCUCUGAUGCCAGCAGAUAUUAGACUGGCUAUGUGACUCAUUGUUCCCAAUUCUUUUUAACAGUGGAGGUCAUUUUAUUUGCUUUCAAAGGCUGGAUGCCACAUAGUUGGUGAUACCUCAUUAAUGCAUGUCCUCUAAAAUCUCAACCAAUGGGCGUCUUGUCAAUGGAAUUGAGUCAGAAACCAGACACGAUGAGCACAUGAAAUGUGUGGAAAGAAACUGCAGAUGCUGGUUUACACUGAAGUAAGGCACAACCAGUUGGAAUAACUCAGGUCAGACAGCAUCACUGGAGAAAAGGAAUAGAUGACGUUUCUAUUCCUUUUCUCCAGGUGAAAUGUCACCUAUUCUUUCUCUCCAGUGAGCUGCCUGACAUGAUAAAAUAGGUCGAAGUCACCAUGGUUUUGUGAAAGGGAUAUCUUGCCUGACAAAUCUGUUGAAAUUCUUUGAGGAAUUAACGAGCAGGAUGGAAAAAGUGUCAGUGAAUGUAAUUUAGCUGAAUUUUCA